CAGCUCAUCCCUUACCACACACCCUUAGAGGGUUGUUCCUUUCUGGCGUGUGGUGGGAGAGGGCCCACCUUGCCCAAAGCUGCUGUAACCGCCUUGCCUGGGCUGGGUGGGCCAGCCUGGGUGGAGAAGUGGGUCAGCUGGUAGCCAUGGCGACAGCAGCUGCUCCCUGCCAGCCUUCCCAUCUCUUCACCACAAACCUCACCGGAUGAGCUUCUUUGUGUGGUCCAGCAGAGAUGGGAGCCAAGAGGAUGGGACUGGGGUGUGGAGAGUGUGAGUGUGUAUGUGUUCCAGCUCACACAAGGGCCUGCUCCAAGCCGGUGUGUGAGCCCCAGCCUAGGGAGCCAGGCUCCAGACCCUGUCAUCACAUUCCCUCCUCCUGGAAGCCUGCCCUGAUUGCCUUUAUCUCCUUUCCUGAAAACUGGUAUCUCUGUGGAAGUGAGGCAUCGUGCAGAUGCUCUAGGGCUGUGCCGUGGAGAGGGCACAGCCCCCUGUGAUGCGGAACACUACACUCAGAUUCAUCAGCUCGAAUUGCCUGAAGCCCUGCCGCCCUGAGGACCAUGUUUAACGGGGAGCCUGGUCCAGCCUCAGCUGGGGCCUCUAGGAACGUGGUACGGAGCUCCAGCAUCAGCGGCGAGAUCUGUGGAUCCCAGCAAGCUGGGGGUGGGGCCGGGACCACCACGGCCAAGAAACGACGCAGCAGCCUGGGUGCCAAGAUGGUGGCUAUCGUCGGCCUGACCCAGUGGAGCAAAAGCACACUGCAGCUCCCCCAGCCUGAAGGGGCCACUAAGAAGCUGCGCAGCAACAUCCGCCGGAGCACGGAGACUGGCAUUGCGGUGGAGAUGCGGAGCCGGGUGACGCGCCAGGGCAGCCGGGAGUCUACUGAUGGGAGUACCAACAGCAACAGCUCCGAGGGCACGUUUAUUUUCCCCACACGGCUUGGAGCUGAAAGCCAGUUCAGUGAUUUUCUGGAUGGCCUGGGACCAGCCCAGAUUGUGGGGCGACAAACACUGGCCACACCCCCCAUGGGAGACGUGCACAUUGCCAUCAUGGACCGGAGCGGCCAGCUGGAGGUGGAAGUGAUCGAAGCUCGGGGCCUGACCCCCAAACCAGGCUCCAAAUCCCUCCCAGCCACCUAUAUCAAGGCUUACCUGCUGGAGAACGGGGCAUGUGUAGCCAAGAAAAAAACGAAGGUGGCCAAGAAGACCUGUGAUCCCUUGUACCAGCAGGCUCUGCUCUUUGACGAGGGGCCCCAAGGCAAGGUUCUGCAGGUGAUCGUCUGGGGAGACUACGGCCGUAUGGACCACAAGUGCUUCAUGGGUAUGGCCCAGAUCAUGCUGGACGAGUUGGACCUAAGUGCUGCUGUCACGGGCUGGUACAAACUCUUCCCCACAUCCUCUGUGGCUGACUCCACACUCGGAUCCCUUACCAGGCGCCUGUCCCAGUCCUCUUUGGAGAGUGCCACCAGCCCCUCCCCCUCGUGCUCCUAAGGACCUCACUGAGGACAAGAGGCCAGGGGCUGGAGGGGGAAGGGAGCCUGCUGGCCACACUGCCCCCUGUACAUAGUCUCCAUGUCUUUCUGGACCCCUCGCCCUGCUGCAUGCCUGUUGGCCGCUGGGCUUGUCCCAGCUGGUAGUGGAGACUGUAGUGUGUGUUUGUGUGUCUGUGUGUGUGUGUGCGCGUGUGUGACCACAUUUUAUCUGUCCAUUUGUCUGGGUACAGUCAGUCCUGGUGACCACAUGGACUGCAGUCCACACCUCUGUAUCUUGCUGGAAAGAAUCCAAAGGAGCAUCA